AUGCCCCGUAGUAUCGUCCCGAAAAAGUCGGGGUUGCAUAGAUCAGCAUGUCUGUCUCUGUACAGAGCCCUACUGCGCGAAUGCAAGCGACUGCCGACAGCAGGAGCCUGUGGUCACACCAACAGUCUACCCGGCAUCAUCGAAUCGUUGGUCCGCUACCGCUUUGAAGCGGACCGGACUAUUCAGUCCCCGACGCAGAUUUGCCAUGGAAUGGAAGCGGGCCGCGGCUUUCUCGACCUGCUCCAAUCCUGUAACCAUAAAUCAGGCGAAGCGUUCAUCCGUCUAGGCCAGGUCCUCGAGUCAGUCAGCCUACAAGCAGAAAACACAGCACUGCUUCGUAGGAGACUUGCCUCGUGCUGGAAACCUCCCCCUCCACACCGAGCCAAGUAUCUCGAGAACAUCAAAAAGGUCAAACUCAAGGACAACCAUCUGUCUAACCCCGACCAACCCCGUAUCUUCGAACAUCCACGGCCGUUGUCUGAAGUCAAGGCGGGAGUGCGCAAGGUUCCGAACCUGAUCGUGACGCAGGACGUCCCUAUCCUGAAAUACCCGGGUCCACAACCUGUGCUGCUCAAUCGAGUCAUCAAGCAAAAGGCGCUAUGGGGUGUUAAGACGUUUCAACAACACAAGGAGUUGGAGAAUGCAGCACAUCUGGCCGACUGCGAAGAUGAUUGGGACGCAAUACUGUACCGCGAUCACAGAAUCAUACCUCCUGGGGACAAGUUACUCAAGGGGACUGUCGGUGUAGAUCGGGCGCUCGCCGGCAGUCAAGGUGGAACUUGGGCCGGGACAUUUCGACAAGCGGAUCAAGAGCUGGAGCUGAAAGCCCAUGAGCGUGGGAGGAAACAUGCGGAACUGGGCAGGAAGCUAUGGCAGAUAGUGCUUGACGAAAGGGAAUUGAAGGAGAAAGAGAGAAGAGAAGCCAAGCAUCAACGUCGUAUGGCGAGGAAGAGUGCUGUAGCCGGGUUGCCGCCCUAG